UAAGUAGAUAAUAAGCCAUAUGUUUUAAACAUCUGUUAUCUCGCUAGUCUAGAAGUCUUUAAAUAUAUAUCCAAAAACAAAUAAAUAACACAAAUAAUAAGCAAACAAGAAAAAUGUUCAUAAAUGUGUAUGCCUCAAAUAUUUAAAUUCAACAAAUUUUUAUGCUCUUACAGUUUUUUCGCAGCAAAAUGGUUUUUCUUAAAAGCUGACGACGCGAUUUGGUAGAAUUACGUUUGUAUAUUUGUAUGUGCAUCAAAAAAUUUUAAUAAAUAAAAAUAUGGAUGAUAAAAUUAAAUUUUCCUUAUUGAGAAAUGAACUUGUGGAUAAUCAAUCCGUAUGGAAUCGACAAGAAAAACGAGUUUGGUUUAUAACACUUUUAACAGGCACAUGUAUGUUGUAUUCCACGCGGACCACUAUGCCAUUAUUGGUUCCAUCGGUGGCAGCAGAGGCAAAAUGGAGUAAAACAGAUUCGGGAACAGUAUUAAGCUCCUUUUUCUGGGGCUAUACACUUACUCAGGUGGUUGGUGGUUAUUUUAGCGACCGCUUUGGUGGUCAACGAGUAAUUUUAUUUGCUGCUAUCGGUUGGUCUUUAUUAACAUUCCUAAUGCCAAACAUAAUAUGGGAGGCCCCAUAUUUCAAAAGCUACGCCAUUCCAUUUAUAGUACUCGUUCGCAUAAUCAACGGAGCCUUUCAAGGCGUACAUUUUCCCAGCAUGAUUAGCUUAACUAGCCAGAAUCUUUGCUCAACAGAACGCACAAGUUUUUUCGGUUUAUUAACAUCUGGCUCAGCGAUGGGUACUCUACUAACGGGCAUUUUAGGCUCAUUUGUAUUGGAUUAUUUUGGCUGGUCUUACGUGUUUCGUGUUAUAGGUUUUAUGGGUUUCGCCUGGGCUUUAAUACUACGUUAUUAUGCGAUGGCUGGCGAACGUAAUCGUAUUAUAAAUGUGUCACGCUUGUGCGUUAAUAACAAAUCCAGCAUUGAUAAUGUCCCGUGGUUACGUUAUUUUAGUCGUUUGUCGUUUUGGGCUUGCGUUCUUACGCAUGCCUGCGAAAUGAAUUGUUUUUUUGUUUUGCUCUCUUGGCUGCCCACUUAUUUUCAUGAUGGAUUUCCACAUGCUAAAGGAUGGGUGGUGAAUAUGAUACCUUGGUUAUCUUUACCACCGAGCACCUUCUUUGCCAAGUACUUGACAGGCCAUUUAUUGGCCCGUGAUUGGUCCACGUCGACAGUACGUAAAAUUAUACAAAGUUGUUGUUUUGCUGCCCAAAACUUAGCCUUAUUUACUAUGAGCAGAACUUCAGAUUUUUAUACGGCGUUAGUUUGCAUGACUUUAAUUAUAGGAGGCACGGGCUUCCAUAAUAAUGCAGUUACAGUUAAUCCGCAGGAUUUGGCUCCUUCACAUUCGGGAAGUGUAUUCGGUUUAAUGAACACCGUGGGAGCGGUGCCCGGUUUUUUAGGUGUUUACUUGGCAGGCCAUAUAUUGGAAGUAACACAAAGUUGGCCGAUGGUAUUUAGUGCGGCCGCUGGAAUAAAUCUCAUAGGAUGGUUUAUAUUUAUAGUCUUUGGAUCAGCAGAAGCCAUAGUGUGACUUAAGACUUCUCGCGUACAAUUG